UUCGCGCCGCCGCCCUGUCUCCCCGCCGGCUGCGCGCCCCGGCUGGAGGCCGGGCAGGGAAGAAAGGGCGGCUCUGGGCGGGGCGCGGGCGCGGGGCGGCGGGAACCCGGCGCGGACACCCGGCCGCGACACCAGACGCGGGCGGAGCGCUUGCAGCCCUGCCGCGGCCGAGCAGGAGCGACAGCCCCUGGAGCGCGGGCCGCGCGGGACCAGGCUGCCCGGCCAUGACCACGGCGUGGUACCGGCCCACGUGGGACCUGGCCCUGGACCCGCUGGUGUCCUGCAAGCUGUGCCUCGGCGAGUACCCGCUGGAGCAGAUGACAACCCUGGCCCAGUGCCGCUGCACCUUCUGCACUCUGUGCCUGAAACAGUACGUGGAGCUCUUGAUCAAGGAAGGCCUGGAGACCGCCAUCAGCUGCCCGGACGCGGCCUGCCCCAAGCAGGGCCGCCUGCAGGAGAGUGAGAUCGAGUGCAUGGUUGCGGCUGAAAUUAUGCAGAGAUACAAAAAGCUCCAGUUUGAAAGAGAGGUGCUCCUGGACCCCUGUCGGACCUGGUGCCCCACAUCCACCUGCCAGGCCGUGUGUCAGCUGCAGGAGAGGGGACUGCAGACACCCCAGCUGGUGCAGUGCAAAGCCUGCCACACGGAGUUCUGCUCCGCCUGCAAGGCCAGCUGGCACCCUGGCCAGGGCUGCCCUGAGGCCGUGCCGGUCACCUUCCUCCCUGGGGAGACCAGCUCGGCGGCCUUCAGACCCGAGGAGGACGACGCGCCCAUCAAACGCUGCCCCAAGUGCAAGGUCUACAUAGAGCGGGACGAGGGCUGCGCCCAGAUGAUGUGCAAGAGCUGCAAGCACGCUUUCUGCUGGUACUGCCUCGAGUCCCUGGACGACGACUUCCUGCUCAUCCACUAUGACAAGGGGCCCUGCCGGGACAAGCUGGGCCACUCCAGGGCUUCUGUCAUCUGGCACCGGACACAGGUCGUGGGCAUUUUUGCCGGCUUCGGGCUCCUGCUCUUGGUGGCCUCGCCGUUCCUGCUCCUGGCCACCCCGUUCGUGCUCUGCUGCAAGUGCAAGUGCAGCAAAGGCGACGACGACCCCUUGCCCACCUAGAGGAAGGCGAGACGCCGGCACGGGACCCCUGCCUCCGGGAAGCGUGGUGCCCCUCCCCCUCCCCCUCCCCCACCCCCACCCAACAUCGUUCUUGCCUUA